AAAGACAACAAACCUAUCUCUUAGCUACAACUGGGUCUCCACAACUUAGAGGGUCUACAGCUAUGUUGAUCUCAACAGCAAACCAGCCGCUAGGAAUCAGUGCAAUACCUUCACCUGAUAUCAAGAAUGGACAACUCAUUGGCUCAAGCAAACAUCCAUCUGCCACAUUUGAUGCCCUGUUAGCUACUGCAGCAGAAGAACACAAAUUUCUUCAAGAAGAACAAAAACAACCUUAUACAGAAGAUCCCCUCUUCAAAUCAUUUGAAAUUAAAAAUCAGUUCACAAAUAAGAAAGUACAGAAGAGAAAUUUAAGUCAAGGUCAGGUACCUUAUGGCUCACCCAAAAGGCCUCGUUUGGAAUCUAUUUCCCCUUCUGCAUCACCAAACUCAGCCUCCAUGAGUUCUAAGUCGAAGACCUGCUCGUUGUCAAGCAUCUCUAGUUCUGGAUCCCGCAGCAGAAGCCCUAGCUCAUCACCAAGUAGUCAAAGCAACAGCACCAGCGGUGAAUCCGGCAAUGACUCCAAGGAGAAACUGUUGAAAUACAAGACACUGCCCACACAGCCAAUGCUUCCUGCUAAGAUGAUUCCAUGGUCUGGUUAUGACCUUGCAAACGGUGUUCAACAGUAUACCCUACAUGUCUUAAACCCCAACUUAAUGAAAACUGUUCAAGUUAAUAAAGUUGGAUGUUCCACAGCAAUACAGUCUGUAAACCCUGCAGAUAAAACUUCUAACUCAGUGCUAAGUAAUCAGAAAUCUGUGAUAGGUAGAAUAACUAAUUCUUCAAAAAGAAACAACCAUUCAGAUUUUACAAGUGUUUAUGCACAUAGUUUGGUUACACCUGUUUCUUCCAGUAAACAAACAAGUGUUUCUAAUCUAGAUCAAAAAUCUCCUAACAAUAAACAAGCUAAUGUGAUCAAAGUUCUGCCAAAGUCGCUUGUUGGUUCUCAAACAACGACAUGCACAGUGUAUGCACAGUCACAAGGAACAGGUAAUCAGACUCAACAAAGUGCUGUGAAAUAUAUCACUGGGCUUCCUGGUCAGAACAUUUCCACUCAGCCUGGAACACAUCACACAUUACCUAUGGCAAUCAUAUCGCAAAGUAAUGGGGUUGCACAACUGUUGACAUUCACAUCAGCAAGUUUAGCUGGUACUGCAGGGACCAACAGUGAAAAGAUAACAUUGCCAUCUGCUGUGAGUGAGCAGAUAUCUGCUGUCAACAUAGUUCCAUCAAUCAAACAGGCUGUCAACAUGACAAUUGCUAAUAACAUUUCAAAAUAUAACAACUUGCUUAACUCAAAUGCUUCACUUAUUGCUCCUAUAUCUCAGAGUCAUAGCUAUUCAGACAGUGGAAAGCAAUGUGGUAGCAUUAAGUCUAUAAACUCUAAUCAAGGACUACAACUUUCAGUUUUUCAGCAACAUCUUGUUCCAAUGCCAUUUCGAAAUCAGAACAUGGGCUCACACUCAAGCCUUCACAAUCAGAUCACAGCCAAUGUUCACAGCUUUGGUAGUCAAUGUGAGCAGCCCUCUGCAGUGAUUCCCCGACCAAGUCACUCUGGGACACCCAUUCCCAGAAUAGUGACACCGGCUCCUGGAUCUGCCACUGGUUCUGUGCUCUCUGACCUAACCAUGGAUCAUAGAGGCCAGAUUGGGUCACAGCUGCUGAUCCAACCCAAUCUUUCUCAACUGCAGAAUCCUGUAACCUUGAAUGCAGCAGGCCAGUUCAACACUGGUUUCCAUGGCAACCAUAGAGGCCUUACGCUGGUGGGGCUGCAUCCUGACCAGAGUGGAGAUCAUGCCAUUCGGCUGCAGAGCUACCAAGGUCUGGCCUCCCAGAGGCUGGCAAUGUAUUCUGAUCAGGCAGCUGCCAUGCAACCAACCUUUCACUCCAUUUAUAGACCAGGAGGUGAGCUCCUUUAGUGGUUGAACAAUAGACAGCAAAAAAAUAAGACAAAAUGGAACCUUGGAUAAUUGUGGGCAGCCUGUGAAAAAUAUUCAAGGGAAUUACUUCUCUUUGUCACUGAUGUAUCUUCUAAGCCCUGUUGCCUAACUCCAUUUUUAGUUUGUCGCUACAGUCUAUUCCAUAGAAUAGACAUUAUUUUGUUGUACUUUUUUUUACUUUAUACUUUUCAUUAAGUGACACAUGUGUCAAUAUAUUGAUAACAAAAUCCUAUAAUUUAUUUUCUACAAAAGAAACUUCUAAACAACUUAAUAAUCAAUGCAAUAAUCCACUUAACCGAGUUAUGUAUUUUAAACCAAGGGGUGAAAGUGUGAGGUGUAGGAAUACCCUUUGUCUGUUUUUUAGCUCACCUGAGCAAGCUCAUAGUUAUCUUUUAUGAUUGCCUUUUGUCUGUCGUGUUACAUUUGCCUUGUUAAAGGGACCUUUUCACAGAUUUUGCCAUGUAUUGAAGCUUGUCAUUAAAAAUGCUUUAUAUUGUUAAAUGUACAAAUUGGAUCUAAAAAGCUCCAGUAAAAAAACAAGAAUAAAAUUAAAGAAAGAAAAAAAAGUAACCCUGAACAGGGCUCAAGCCACUGACUCCUAGAGUAAAAGUCUAACGCUUAGACCACUCAGCCAUCCGUGCUCAUACAAUGAAUGAUGUAUUUUAUACUUUAUUCAAGCAAUCCUCAUAGUGUCACAAAUAUAACGACAACAACAGAACUCAAAUUAUUCAAAAGUUUCGCGUUGCAACGCUUUAUAAUUUUCAGGUUGUUAAGUCAAAAGAUGCAUAUAAUGGAUAUUUUAGGGCAUGGUAAAUGUUCAGUAUUACUGUUUCCUCAUAAAUAUCAUAACUACAAUGAAAAUUUGCGAAUCUGAAACAAUUGGUCUGAAGAUUUGUCCCAAUUAUAUCAUGGACGAGUUUGAAAAUGGUUCCGUUUGGUUCAAGACAUGGUGGCCACAAGGCGUGGCAUUUUUCCUUAUAUGGUUAUAGUAAAACCUUGUUAACACUGUUAAAGUCACAUUUAUAGUCCAAUCUUCACCAAACAUGGUCAGAACAUUUGUUCUAAUUAUAUCUUGGAUGAGUUCGAAAAUGGUUCCUGUGUGUUGAAAAGCAUUUUGCCUUGUAUGGCUUUGGUAAAAAAAACUCUAGAAGUCACAUUUAUGGUCCAAUAUUAAGAAACUUGGUCACAACAUUCGCUCUAAUGAUAGUUAAAAGCUGAGUUAAAAUUUGGUUAUGGUUGGUUGAAAAAUAUGGCCCCCAGGGUGUGGGGUAUUUUUCCUUACAUGGCUACAGUAAAACCUGAGUAAAACCUGUUUAGCACUCUAGAAGUCAAAUUUUUAGUCCAAUCUUCAUGAAACUUUUUAAAAUAUUUGUUCUAAUGAUAUCUGGGCUGGGUUCCAAAAUGAGUCCUGUCCAUUGAAAAACAUGGCCUCCAGGGGGUGGCUCAUGUUUUGUUAUCUGGCUGUAGUAAAACCAUGUUAACUCUCUAGAAGUCACGUUUAUGGUCCAAUCUGUAUGAAACUUGAUCAGAACUUUUGUUCUAAUGCUGAGUUGUUCUUAAAAAAUUAAUGUACUAAUGAAACUUGGUCAGAACAUUUUUUCUAAUGAUAUAUGGGCCGAGUUAGAAAAUGGUUCCUGUGCUUUGUAAAACAUGGCGGCCAGUGGGCGUGGCUUUUCUCCUCAAAUGGCUAUAGUAAACCAUUGUUCUUUCAACAGAAGUCUAUAUUAAAUAAGCUUGGUCAGAACAUUUGUUCUAAUGCUAGCUCCACUGAAUUCUAAAAUGGUUAUGGUUAUUUAAAAAAUACGGCCUCCAUGGGGCGGUGCAGUUUUUCCUUAUAUGACUAUAGUUAAACCUUGUUAACUUUCUAGUUGAUAUUUUGGCCAAGUUUGAAAAUGUUUUCAUAAUCAUUUCAAAAGUUGCAGAAAGCAGUUCAGUUCCCUGAAGUCUCAGGUGAGUGACUGUGUGCCUCUGGCCCUCUUGUCUAUCUGCCUGCCCCUCCAUUAGCAUGUCUAUCAACAAAACUGGAUCUUGCAAUUUCUCAAAAAGUAAUGAAGAUACAUUGUUUAAACCUGGUAUAGCACGAGUAUUCUUUGAUCAGCCCCUCUUACCCUCUCAAUGAAUACACCUAAGAUUUUAAAGUGAAAAGAGUUUAGAACACUCAUUUUUAGCUCACCUGAGCACAACCUGCUCAUGGUGAGCUUUUGUGAUCGCUUUUUGUCAGUCGUCCGUCAUGCGCCAUCAACAUUUGCCCUUUUAAUUCUCUAGAGGCCACAUUUCUUGUCCAAUCUUCAUGAAAUUUGGUCAGAAGAUUGGUCUCAAUUGUAUCUUGGAUGAGUUCGAAAAUGGUAACUUUUGCUUGAAAAACAUGGUUGCCAAGGGGCGGGGCAUUUUUCCUUAUAUGGCUAUAGUAAAAUCUUGUUAACAUUCUAGAGGCCUUAUUUAUUGUCUGAUCUUCAUAAACUUGGUCAGAAGAUUCAUCCCAAUAAUAUCUUGGACGAGUUUGAAAAUGAUGUCGGUUGGUUGAAAAACAUGGCUGCCAGGGGUCGGUGCAUUUUUCCUUAUAUGACUAUAGUAAAACCUUGUUAACACUUUAGAGGCCACAUUUAUUUUCCGAUCUUCAUGAAACUUGAUCAGAAGAUUUGUCCCAAUGAUAUCUUGGAUGAGUUCAGAAAUGGUAACCUUUGCUUGAAAAACAUGGCUGCCAAGGGGCGGGGCAUUUUUCCUUAUAUGGCUUUAUAUGGCUAUAGUAAAAUCUUGUAUACACUAGAGGCCACAUUAAUUGUCCAAUCUUCAUGAAACUUGGUCAGAAGAUUCAUCCCAAUAAUAUCUUGGACGAGUUCGAAAAUGAGGCCGGUUUGUUGAAAAACAUGGCCGCCAGGGGGCGGGGCAUUUUUCCUUAUAUGGCUAUAGUAAAACCUUGUUAACAUUCUAGAGGCCACAUUUAUUUAUCGAUCUUCAUGAAACUUAGUCAGAAGAUUUGUCCCAAUGAUAUCUUGGAUGAGUUUGAAAAUGGUAACCUUUGCUUGAAAAACAUGACUGCCAAGGGGCGGGGCUUUUUGCCUUAUAUGGCUAUAGUAAAAUCUUAUUAACACUCUAGAGGCCACAUUUAUUGUCCAAUCUUCAUCAAACUUGGUCAGAAGAUUCAUCCCAAUAAUAUCUUAGACGAGAUCAGAAAUGAUGCCGGUUUGUUGAAAAACAUGGCCGCCAGGGUGCGGGGCAUUUUUCCUUAUAUGGCUAUAGUAAAACCUUGUUAACACUCUAGAGGCCACAUAAUAUAUUGUCCAAUCUUCAUGAAAUAUGGUCAGAAGAUUUGUCUUAUUGAUAUCGUGGAUGAGUUCGAAAAUGGUUACGUUUGCUUGAAAAACAUGGCUGCCAAGGGGUGAGGCAUUUUUCCUUAUAUGGCUAUAUUGCUAUAGUAAAAUCUUGUUAACACUAGAGGCCCUAUUUAUAGUUUGAUGUUCAUGAAACUUGGUCAGAAGAUUCAUCCCAAUAAUAUCUUGGACGAGAUCAAAAAUGAUGCCGGUUGGUUGAAAAAAACAUGGCCACCUUGGGGGCGGGGCAUUUUCCUUAUAUGGCUUAAGUCAAACUUUGUUAACACUCUAGAGGUCACAUUUAUUUUCCGAUCAUCAUGAAACUUGGUCAGAAGAUUUGUCCCAAUGAUAUCUUAGAUGAGUUUGAAAAUGGUUUUGGUUGCUUUAAAAACAUGGCCACCAGGGGUGGGGCAUUUUUCCUUAUAUGGCUAUUUAUGGCUUAAGUAAAACCUUGUUUACACUCUAGAGGCCACAUUUAUUGUCCAAUCUUCAUGAAAUUUGGUCAGAAGAUUGGUCUCCAUGAUAUCUUGGAUGAGUUCGAAAAUAAUUAUGUGUGCUCGAAAAACAUGGCUUCCAAGGGGCGGGGCAUUUUUCCUAAUAUGGCUAUAGUAAAAUCUUGUUCACAAUCUAGAGGCCACAUUUACUGUCCGAUCUUCAUUAAACUUGGUCAGAAGAUUCAUCCCGAUAAUAUCUUGGAAGAGUUCAAAAAUGAUGCCGGUUUGUUAAAAAACAUGGCUGCCAGGGGGCGGGGCAUUUUUCCUUAGAUGGCUAUAGUAAAACCUUGUUUAGACUCUAGAGGCCACAUUUAUUUUCAUCUUCAUGAAACUUGGUCAGAAGAUUUGUCUCAAUAAUAUCUUGUUAUCUCAUGUGAGCGACUUUGGGCAUUUCAGGCCCUCUUGUUGUUAUGAACUUGUCAAUCUAUAGUUUUUUCUUGGACACAACAACACAUAUUGUAAUAUAUACUGUAUUAAAAUCAGCAAUAUUUUGACAAUUUACUGGCUUGAUUUAGCUUUCAGUAGUUAUCUGUAUCUUGUACAAUUUUACUCAUAAGUAUGGCCCAAUUUUUGAUACUAUGGGCAUGUGCUUGUUCUAUAAAUAGUCUCAGAAUGGGAAUAAGAAACUUUUGUUCAAGUUGUUCUUAGAAUACAGUUACUCAUUUGUCACAAAAAAGCAACUUAUAACACAUUUAAACUAAUGAUAAUAACCAAAUAGUACAUCAAUGUUUACAUAUUCCUGGUAAAUGGAUAAAUUGAAUGUAUAUAUUUGUUUCUACUGUGCAUGGUAAGCUUUUUUAAUAAAUUGGCACAUACAUUUUGUUAUGUUCUACAGCCUGUGCAAAUCAGGACACUGCUAUUACUCAAAAAGCACUUAAGCUAGGUGUAUUCAACUUGAAAGGUGGAUUAAGGUCAAUAUCGGGAAUAUGUAAUAUUUUCUUUUAGAUUUUGCUGUGAAAAAAAUGUGGUUGUUAUGAAUACAGAAAUAAUUGAAAACUAAUAUGAAUCCUGUUAUAACUCAAAAAAUACUCAAGCUUGAUUGAUAAAACUUAGUAUUUGAAUCAAUUAUAUAUGGCGUAUGCAUGGUAAUUCAUUGUUUUGUUAAGUCAUUCAUUUAGAAUUCAUUCAUUCCAAGCUUGCAAUAGUUUAUAUUAUUAAACUUAUAAAAAUGUAAUAUAUACGCAUGAUUUGAAGAAAAUUAAGAAAUUAUACCUUUUGGCAUUGAAAAAAAAGAAAAAAGUACAUUAUUUGGGAUAGAGCGCAGUUAUGGUCCAACUAUGUCUGUUGUUGUGCCUUAAGUGUCAUCAACUGUAAGCUUGUUACCACUGUUGAGGCAACUUUUUUAUAUCCAAUCUUGAUGAAACUUGGUAAGAAUGUUUAUCUUGACAAUAUCUAGGUUUAAAUUAGAAUAUAGAUUUUGUGUGUCAAAUCUAAGAAAACCUUGUUGCUUCUUUAGAAAACACACAAAUGUUGUUGCUUCUUUAGAAAACUCACAAAUGACUCUUAAACUUUUGUAUCUUGAAAUUAUGCCGUUCUUAAAUCUGGGUCAUUUGCCUCCAAAAACAAGGUCACCACAACAAAUCGGAGAAGAACCUUUCCACCAUGUUAGAGGCCACAUUUAUGACUCAAUCUUUAUCAAACUUGGUCUGAAUGUUUAUCGAGACAAUAUCUUGGUUGAGUUUUAAUGUGGGUCACAUUCGUCUAUAAACUAGGUCACCAGGUCAAAUGUUUUUUUAACGUGUCACAGCACUAUGACUCAAUCUUGAUAAAACUUAUGUGGUAGAAAGCAAAGUUACCAAAUAAAGUGUUUGAAAAUAAAUAAAUUAGUAAGGAAAUAUGAAAUCUGAUGAAUUGAUAAGUUUAAGGAAAACACUACUAUUGUCUUGUUCUGAAUAUGUGUAAGAAUUUUUGUUACAAUUUCUGUAUAUUUAAAGUGCAAAAGUAAAAAUAAAUUGCCCCAUCAGUGCAAAAAGGAACCAUGUGCAAUUUAACUUUAAUAGCACAUGAUACCUUUUUGCACCAAUUCGACAAAAUGUUCUUACAAGUUUAAAUUGUUUCAAUAGGUUUACUCAGACAUGGACUUUUAAGCUCACCUGUCACAAAGUGACAUGGUGAGCUUAUGUGACCGUGUGAUGUCCAGCGUCCGUAUGUGCGUGCGUGCGUGUGUGCAUCCGUCAACAGUUUGCUUGUGUAGACAGUAGAGUUCACAGUUUUCAUCCAAUCUUUAUGAAAUUUGGUCAGAAUGUUUAUCUUGAUGAAAUCUGGGUUGGGAUUGUAUUUGGGUCAUCUGGGGUAAAAAACUAGGUCACUUGGUCAAAAACUAGGUCAAAUAAUUGAAAAACCUUGUGUAGACUAUAGAGGUCGCAGUUUUCAUCCAAUCUUUAUGAAAUUUGGUCAGAAUGUUUAUCUUGAUGAAAUCUGGGUUGGGAUUGUAUUUGGGUCAUCUUGGGUCAAAAACUAGGUCACUAGGUCAAAUAAUAGAAAAACCUUGUGUAGACAAUAUAGGUCGAAGUUUUCAUUCAAUCUUUAUGAAAUUUGGUCAGAAUGUUUAUCUUGAUGAAAUCUGGGUUGGGAUUGUAUUUGGGUCAUCUGGGGUCAAAAACUAGGUCACUAGGUCAAAAACUAGGUCAAAUAAUAGAAAAACCUUGUGUAGACAAAAGAGGUCGCAGUUUUAUCCAAUCUCUAUGAAAUUUGGUCAGAUUGUUUAUCUUGAUGAAAUCUGGGUUGGGAUUGUUUUUGGGUCAUCUGAGGUCAAAAACUAGGACACUAGGUCAAAUAAUAGAAAAAACGUUACAAUUUGUUUGUGUAGACAGUAGAGGUCAGAGUUUUCAUCCAAUCUUUAUGAAAUUUGGUCAGAAUGUUUAUCUUGAUAAAAACUGGGUUUGGAUUGUAUUUGGGUCAUCUGGGGUCAAAAACUAGGUCAAUAGGUCAAAUAAUAGAAAAACCUUGUAUAGACAAUAUAGGUCGCAGUUUUCAUCCAAUCUUUAUGAAAUUUGGUCAGAAUGUUUAUCUUGAUGAAAUCUGGGUUGGGAUUGUAUUUGGGUCAUCUUGGGUCAAAAACUAGGUCACAAGGUCAAAUAAUACAAAAAACCUUGUGUAGACAAUAGAGGUCACAGUUUUUAUCCAAUCUUCAUGAAAUUUGGUCAGAAUGUUUGUCUUGAAUAAAUCUGGGUUGGGAUUGUAUUUGGGUCAUCUAGGGUCAAAAACUAGGUCACUAGGUCAAAUAAUAGAAAAACCUUGUGUAGGCAAUAGAGGUCACAGUUUUCAUCCAAUCUUUAUAAAAUUUGAUUAGAAUGUUUAUCUUGGUGAAAUCUGGGUUGGGAUUGUAUUUGGGUCACCUGGGGUCAAAAACUAGAUCAAUAGGUCAAAUAUUCGAAAAACUUUGUGUAGACAAUAGAGGUCACAGUUUUCAUCCAAUCUUUAUGUAUGAAAUUUGGUCAGAAUGUUUAUCUUGAUGAAAUCUGGGUUGGGAUUGUAUUUGGUUAGUCAGGUGAGCGAUUCAGGGCCAUCAUGGCCCUCUUGUUAUUAUUUAGGGUUGAGAUUUUAUUGUUCUAUUUAUUUAAUUUUUAAUAUUUCACUUGGGAUAGCUUUUUGUCUGUUGUUUGUCACUCCAGAAUCUAUAUGUAUUUCCCCAAAUUUGAAAUGCACGACCUUACUGUACAACACCUAUGCUCCUCUUCAAAUGGUCAAGAUCACAAAUCAAGUGCUUAAGUAAAGAAUUUAAUUUUUUGCUCAGUACUUUUUACAUCCUUGGAAGGAUUUUAAUAUCAAUUCUGAUUAUUAUUCCCCAUGAUGAGACAAUGUGCAGCGUGCAACUCCCAUGUUCCUUUGUGAACGUUUAAGGUCGCAAUUCAAGGUAAAAGGGUAUACAACUUUGUUUCUGCUCGUUUUCAUUUCACGGUUGAGUGGAGUUUAAUAUAUCUUUGAAUUAUUACUCCCUCUUAUCAGCAGAAAAUGUUUUGCCAUGUUUAUGGUUAACGUUCAAGGUCACGAUUAAAGGUCAAAGUUCAUUAUUUAUUUUUUGCUGUGCAACUUUUGAAAGCCUCAGAUAAUAUAAGCCUCAGCAUAUAUAUAUAUGUACGAGUUAUAUCACUCCUCGGUGAAAGGUCAACGUUCUCCAAAUUUGCUUUAGGGGCAUAUGGCACAUCUUGUGACACACCUUGUUUUUAAUGAUCUCAACUUAUUUAAUAAACAGAUCUGGUUCAUAGAAUAUUUCAGCAUACAGCUAGGUGGGCAUUUAGGGCCAUAUUGGUGAACUUUCUGUGCGUUUUGUUGCACUUUGUGAGUCAGCAUUAUCUGUUGUUAAUAUUAGGCAUGAUAAAGUUUACAUCAAAUGUUUGUAUUUUGUAUUUUUCUACUGGAAUGUAUUGUACUAUUUAUUGAACAGAUGAUGAAUCUUAGUUAAGCUGUUUGUAUGUUUGAAUAAUUAAUUGUCUUGGAUAGAUGAUUCAUGUAGUGGAAUUUAUGCUGUGCCAACCCAAACUGAACAUGUAUCUUGUCUUGUGUGCUUUUAGUCUAUAUAGUCUAUAUAUCCAGACAUAUUGUUUGAAAUCAUUGGACGAUGUAUCUACAAUUAUCACCUCUUUGCGAUGAUAAAAAUCUGUAAAAGAAGGUUUUCUCUGCAUGGGAUUAAAUUCAGAAUAAGUAAAAAUAAUUUAAUUUACUUGACAAGUUCAUGCCAAAUUUUGCUAUAAACAAUCUUAAUCUUAAUGUAUUCAGAUUCUUAGUGGGUUUUGGCCUUCUUAACAAUUGCUUUAUAAACUUGUAAGCAUGUAAACAUCAGCAAAAAUGUCAUGAAAGACAGUUACAUUCCUAAGGCAUUUAUUUUUUAGCAAGAAAGAUGAUCCGACACUGUAAAUAAAUGCAAAUGUGUUUGUGUGUAUUAUUUUUAUAUCCUUAACUAUUCAUAUUAUAAUUACUGUAUGCAUUUUUUAAAUGUGGGCAACUAAUAUAGCAUGAAUACAAUGGGUUAAGAUCUAUAAUUGACAAAAAGCAUUAGUCUAAUAGCAGUUUUAACAUUUUAAUGGUGUUAAACAAAUGUGUUAUUGUGUUUUCUUUUGUUUGAAUGAGUUUGUGUUGUCUGUAAAAAAAAGUGUCAAAAUUGCAUGUGUGAAUAAAUCUGAAGCUCUC